AUGGCUAAUGACAAUAAUGACAAUUACAAGCAACCGGAGAACACGAAAGAGAGUAAUGAAGAGAAAGUGGAUGAGUUAUUGGAAAAGCUAUACAAUCAGCCUUUUAACCGUAAAACCCGAGGAGCUGUUAAAUUCAAUGAAAGCCAUAUAAAAUAUAGUCUGUUGCAUUCCCUGAAAGCCUUAGAUUGCGUGAUCGAUGAAACGAUAAAUAUGGAACAAAUGAUAGAUUUAGGUCUUGAAGUUCUGGCACAAACUUGGAAACGGAGAGGCGGUUUACUAACGGUGCUUGAAUAUUGCCUGUAUCGAUCAGCAGCCGGGUAUUUAUCCUUUGAGCAAUUCAUCAAUGCCCUUGGUUAUAAUGCGGUACAGUUUUGGCAAUAUGCAGUACCGUACAUUUAUAAUUCUGACCUAACCUACGGUACCAAAUUUCGUGAUUCACUACUGUUUAGUUUAACACUGUAUGAUGUUAAUAAUGGAAAAAGUAAACUCAGGGAAUUGUACUCUUCGGUGCCAGGUAUUCGUAAUUCCUUACUUGGAGUUCAUGCAAAACGUUUCGAUGAGCAAUUCCAUCAUUUGCAACGACGAUUAAGUAUUAGUCGAGAAGGUUCAUCAUCCAAUAUGCUUAGUUCCACUGAGUCCAUCUCUUCUCAAUCCAGUGGAAAAAGAAGUGGUAGCAUAACUCCGGACCGUUCACGAAGUACUUCACGCGAGAAACCACGAAGAUCACGUCGAUCAACUUCACGCGGUGCAUCCGAGAGUAGUGUGAAUUCACGAGAAGUAUCAAAGGAAGUAAUUGCAAGUGGAGGCUUGGCUAGUACUCAUUUUCAGCAACGUGUAAUCAACGUUUCAAACGCACCACCGGUUAGCUUAACACGGGAAAAAACGGGCGAAUGGGAAAUUAAGCAAGGUUCCGGUGGCCUAGUUUCAGCAGUAGAUCCUGUAAUGUCGAAAGACAAAGAAAAUGUUUGGCUUGCCAAUCUUGGAAUGAAUUUGCAUAAAAAACCGAAGAGAAGUAGAGAUCAUUAUAAUCAAAAUAUUCAUCCAACAACAAAUACCCUAGGAUUACCUUUAUUGAAACAAGCAAAUGCUGAUGUUCUCUUUCAUGUGCUCACGGAUGGACCAAAUAGUAAGGAGCAGGACAUUCAACAAGGCAGGGAAGAGAUGUCAUUAUUGGACGUGUUGCAUAAUUAUAACCGAGGUAAUUAUAAAUUAAAUCCUGUAAUUGUGCAAGAAGAUGACUAUAAUGUAUACUACGGUGGAAUAAGUAAUGGCUUAUUAUGGCCUGCGUUGCAUAAUUUAGAAGAAUAUGUUGUCAAGGAAUAUGAUGAAGCAAAGGUAAUGCGUGAACACUGGUAUGCAUACGUACGAGUAAAUUAUCAAUUUGCUAUCGAUGCUGUUCGAAAUAGCCGACCACAGGAUUUUAUUUGGAUUCAUGAUUAUCAUCUAAUGUUAACUGGAAUGAUUAUGCAAAGUUUGGAUGAAAAUCUUGAAGUUGGAUUUCAAACUCAUCGUGAUCGUGAUAAAUUAAUCGAAUUGUGCCAUAUCAAAUUACCAAGUGCUGAGAUUAAUUACGAAAGUUCAACUGAUGUUUGCUUUGUAACAUAUAAAGGAUGGACUUGUUCACUCGGAGUUUUUCCAGUUUCUAUUAAGAAUGAAGACUUUUUACAGUUUGUUCGACUAAAUGAAACUUGGCAAAGAGCUUCAGAAAUACGAAAACGUAUUAUGGGAACAGAUGCGCCAUCUGAUGGUAAAUUAUUUUUUUCUGUCGAACGAUUUGAUUAUACCAAAGGAAUUAAAGAGAAAUUAUUGGCAUAUAAGAAUUAUUUUGAAAAAUAUCCGGAAAGAAUUGGAAAAGAUGUACUGUAUCAGAUUGCGGUAAUAAAUAGACGAACUGUUGAUACUUAUCGUAUGUAUCAAGACGAAUGCAUUUUAUUAGCUGAAGGUAUCAAUAAAAUCUGUACAUGUGCAAACCGACCAAAUUGGAAACCAUUAAUUUUUCAAACGGAAGGAUUACCACGAAAAGAACUCAUUGCUUGCUAUUUAGCAAUGGAUAUCGGUGUUGUAACACCAAAAAAGGAUGGCAUGAAUUUGGUAGCAAAAGAGAUGCUAUUAUGUAAUCCAAAUGCGGGGUUAAUUCUAUCAUCAGGUGCCGGUAGUGAAGUGCAGUUUUCGAGAGCAGGAUUUUAUCAGGAAAAUGGCGACCAGUGUUAUAAACGAGUAACUGAUCUGUAUGAUCUGGAUGGCUAUUCGGAUACAUUUUAUCAAGCUGCUAUUCAAGAUGUAGCAGACCGUCGAGCCAACAGCUCCCGAUUACAUGACUUCAUCAUGGCCCACGAUAUUGAAAAGUGGAGCGCAACCUUCUUAGAUCCAUCUUGGACCCAUCAAGUGAUUAGGCCAAUUGAAGUGAAAACGUUGGAAGAUUUCUAUACGAUUAUGCUACAAACGCGUAACAUCAGACGUCAGAUCGUAGAACGUGUCCUGAAAGGUAUCCCAAUGCGAAGUCAUUUUGCUAUUUCGCUGAAAAAUGCGCUUGAUUCAUUGAAACUAAGUUGUAAAGCGAACACAACUAUGCUUAACCUGAGGACAACAUCGGAAGAAAGCACAGCGGAUUAUACUACCUUUGAUAUCAAGAAUGAGUUGGAUGAAUUCGAAAAGGAUUUAUCCUUUUUAAAGUUUAUCAGAAGUGAUAAUGUGUAUAAUGUCGAACAGUUUGUUGAUACAUUACACGCUUAUCAUCCAAAAUCGUCAAGAGCUUUCAAAGAAGAAGUGGCAGAAGCUGUUAGUCUUCUCUAUGAUGCUGAUCAUUUUCAAUAUUUUUUCACGGACCGUGACGGUACCUUGAAAUCAUAUUCUUGUAGCUAUCAAGCUAGUAUACAACCAGCUUAUGCUGCUGUCAUUCAG